AAUCCACUGAGCCACCCAGGCGCCCCUAUUUUACCCUUUUCCCCCAACACCAGGAAUCAUUUCAAAACUGAAAUAAUCAUUUAAAGCCAUUUUAAACCUCAGAUAGGUAUAUACAGAUGUAUUUUGAACAAGAAAUAGAUAUUGCUAAGUAAGUGUGAGAUUAGAGAUAGCAUUAUAUGUUAGAAAAAAAUAUUGACUUUUGAGUAGUAUGAGUUUGGUUCCUCCCACCAUCACUUGCUAAUUUUAUAACUUUGAGCUAGUUACCUAUCUGAGCCUCCAUUUCAUCAUCGGUAAAAGUAGAGGUCCUGUUUAUCUUUCGUGAAGACUUAAUAUUUAGUGGAUAGCAUGGUGUUUUGUAUUCUAUAAAGAAUUAAUAAUAUCAUCGUUAUUAUGGUUAUAAUUAUAUUAAUGCCUAGGAAAACAACUAUGUUAACCUCUGGGGAAAGGUAUGUCUAAAUGAAUAAAAGCUAGCCUGGUUAGCUUUUAUAGUCUGAGAAAUACAUUUGAGGACACUUAAGCUUAGCUAAUGGUAUGUAACUCAGUACAGUUCUGCUUUAAUCAAUAAGUAAUUCGUCAUUAGUCAUUUAAGCCAUAGUCCAACUAAAAUAUUAACAUCUAUGUUUAUAAAUUACGAAAUCUCCAAGCAACUUAUGUUUAACUGUCUUCUAAUUAAUUCAGCCACCUAUUCUGAUACUAAGUAUUUGAGUGCCGGCUCUGCCAGGCACUGUGCUGGUGGUGGGGGACAGCGGCAGAAUGCACAGCACAUCCGUUCUUCUGCGGUUGACAUUUCGUGUGGGAAACGACGGGAGUCACAUGACCACCGUGUGAUCACAACUGGGAAAAGGGGCUCUGAGGGCAAGUAACAGGGGGCUGAAUCUGGUAGUUUCAGGUAGUUUCAGGGAGGAAUGGCUUCCUUGAGAAACCGAGACUGAGAGCUGAGGAGUAGGUAGGAGUUGGCCUGGUGAUGCUGGAGGAGGGGCAGCAUGUUCAGAGGAUGAAGAAGGUUGGUGGCAACAAAGGGAGGGCCGGGUUGACUGCAACAUGGAGUGAAUGAGAGGAGCAGGGGUGGGGGAUAAAGAAGAGAGAAAGAAACCAAAUCUAGUGAGGUCUUGUAGUGCCCCGUAGGGAUUCUGAAGUUUAUCCUAAGAGGAAGCCAUUGAAGGAUUCUACGUCCGGGAAUGAUGGGCUCAAACUCAUACCUAUAAUUCCAAGCUCUGUCCACUUUGUGGAAAUGGAUGAGAGGAAAAGGAGGGUGUGCAGGGGCUGCCUUCGGGAAGUUUCUCGCUUUAUCUCAGUGAGGUGACAGCUGCCUUUCUAGCUGAUGGCGGUAGAGGUGGAAGGAAGUGAACCGAUUGGAGAGUUUUCUAGGAGGAAGGUGGGCAGGACUUUCUGAGUCAUGGCCCAUAGAGGAUGUGGUAGAAGGGCAGGGGACAGGGAUGACCGUGAGGUUUCUGGUGUGAGCUGCUGGGUAGACAGAGAAGCUCAGAGAAGAGCAACAUUAAGAGGAAAGAGAAAACUUCAGCAUAGGACGGAUGAGAAGCAUCUCAGUGGAGCCCAGCAAUAACCACAGGCACGCCGUCCAGAACCCAGAGGAGGAACCUGUACUUGGAAGAUGAAUGGGGAAAUUGCCUCCGUGAUGGAAUGGGGGGACGAUAUUAAAGCCGUUUCACAAGAUGAAGCAGUGAUGUUGGUGAAUCAUCAGGCAACAGGGGAUGUUUGCACUCUGAUGAUGUGCCUCCAGGACAAAGGCCUGGUUGUUGCUCAAAUGAUGUGGUUGAUGGAUCAUAUUUUUAAGUACACAAACUUUGGAAUUGUUUCUCUAAUUCACGGAGACUUCUUUAUAAGACAGGGAAAAUCUCAUCGUGACCAGCAGCUGCUGCUUCUCAAAAAGCACCUAGAAAAGAAUUACAGGAGCAGAGACCGAAAAUGGAUUGUUUUGUUUCCAGAAGGGGGCUUCCUCAGGAAGAGGCGAGAAACAAGUCAAGCGUUUGCCAAAAAAAAUAACUUGCCAUUUCUUACACAUGUCACUCUGCCAAGGAUUGGGGCAACAAACAUUAUCUUGAGUGCGCUUGUAGCACGACAGGAAAAUGGAAGUCCAGCAGGAGGAGAUGCUAAAGAAUUAGGUAGCAAAUCGAAAGGCCUCCAAUGGAUAAUAGAUACAACUAUAGCUUAUCCCAAAGCUGAGCCUAUAGAUAUUCAGACCUGGAUCCUCGGGUACAGGAAACCAACCAUCACACAUGUACAUUACAGGAUCUUUCCAAUUAAAGAUGUACCCCUGGAGACGGAUGGCCUUGCUGAUUGGCUCUAUCAACGUUUUAUUGAAAAAGAAGAACUCUUAUCACAUUUUUAUGAAACAGGAGCUUUUCCACCUCCCAAGGGCCAUAAGGAAGCUGUUUCCCGGGAGAUGACCCUCAGCAAUAUGUGGAUAUUUCUCAUACAGUCUUUCGCAUUUUUGUCAGGCUACAUGUGGUAUAACAUCAUCCAGUAUUUUUACCAUUGCCUAUUCUAGGAAUUGACUUGGACUUGUCAAGGUCACCAUAGGAGUUCAGACUUUCAUAAGUGUGCGUUAUUUUACAUGUGCAAAUCACAAUAUAAAAAAAAUAAGCAAAGGAAAUUCAAUGGAUGGAUUAAUAUUUAUCCCCCUUUGGGAUAUUUUAAAACUCUACUAAAAUGAGGAUCAGUAAUAUAAUGACCUGCUAAUAUGUUUUAAGGACCUUUCACGUUUUAAAAAGAUACACUCUACCACACACUUAAGCAAACACCACAUUUGGAGAAGAGGAAAUCAUAAACUCAUUGUAGAAGACCGUCUGAGAGAAACUCCGUUGCCACCAGACAUCCUUGAUGACCUAGUUCCAGCUCAAGAGAGUUGUAUUCGUUCCUCUUAGCUAGUCAUCUCUAUCAGGGCAGAGCUGUAGAGCGCCCUCAUUUCCACCAACUCUGGCUGUGUGUCUAGGAGCCUAGAGGGGAGCUGGGCAGCACCCUCAAGAACUGUUCCCCUGCGGUUCACAGUGACACUCCGGUGUCCGGCACGGCACGCCCGUGGGGGAGAAGCAGUGUCCACUGGACACGUUCCGGUACUAGAAUGUGUUCCUAAAAAGGCUAGCUCAAUCCAACAUCGUGUUUACAUGCGCUAGUGCUUUCCCUUAAAUGAGGGGGGGUCACUUGAUUUUCAUAUAGAGGCAUAUCAUAGACUGAUAAUUGUCUUUUACCAAAUGCACUUUUAUCAGAUGCAUAUAUAGCAAAGGAUUAGUAAUAUAGCCUGAAAACAAAUGUCAGCAUAAUCAGUGAACGGGAUUCUUGAGAGGCUCUCUCUCUCUGCGUGGGUACUGGGGCGCCCCCCGCACGGAGCGCCCACAGGAGCCUUCCGUCAGCUUAGAGGCCGUGUUCUGCCCACUUCGGCUUGUUAGCACCAACUGUAUUUGGGGGGGCUGGAACAGAUUAAUGUGAAACAUUAUGAUCAGUUUAAAAUGAUCAGUUUAAAGUGAGAUAGGGGUUUUAUUAGAAAAAUAAGAGUAAAUAAGAGUUAGAGCCAGACAUAGGCUUAAAAUGGUGAUAAGUUCUCACAUGGUACCCCCAAACCUGUGUUCUGUCAUCACCUCAAGUUGCUGCCCACAUCAGGGUGGUGUAACCAUCAGACAGACCUGCACAAAAGGCUUCCCAAUCUCUUUACAAUCGCUUUAAAGAGGAUAAAGUCAAGUUUCUAUUUCUAGAGAACACUUUUUUCCCCUCCACUAUGAUUUACCUCACAGUUGAACCAGACUCUUCUCAGAAAGUGCUGGGAUGGCCUCUGACCCUCACCCGCACUCCCAGCAUUGAGACAGAGUUGGUGUUUGGUUUGGGAUUGUAGGCUUUGAAGAUCCUAGGAAGUCAGUGGCAGUUUCCUGUGAUAUGAGCGUUGUAGAUGCCCCGUUGUCACUAAUCCUACAAAUGGCAAUUUGGAGAAGUAGGCCAGAAAAGAAAGAUAGAGGCUAAUGUUUUCUAUUUUUAAAUAAACCAAAAAAAAAAA